AUGCCGUCGCAGCCGAAUAGUCCUUCGGCUGCGACAAAGGUAGCUGAAAAAGGGCUCACUGCGGGUGCCGUUGGCCAGCUUAGCAAAGAUGGGAGGGCGAAGGAAAAAGAGAAGGAGCGACGACAAGACACCAACCACCCCGGUUGCACAGUGCGGACACCAAGUUCCGGGUCCAGGCUCAGCGGUGUUCCAUACGCGGCGGUUCAAACCCAACAGGCAAUUCUUAACGCCAUUGUGUCGCUCAUACCUGAACUGACGCUGGAGUCUCUGGGGGUGCUUUGGAAGGAAGUUCGAGUGGAGAUAGGGCGGAAGGAAAAGCUCACGCAAGCACUCCCAAGUGGUCCACAGUAG